AUGGCCCCAGGCAUGAAGGCGCAGUACGGGGGAUCCAACUUUUUUUGGUGUUUCGAUAUUCAGUUACCAAAUGGGACGUAUACCAGCCCUAGCUGCUGUAUAUCGUACUAUGAGUCUUCUGGCGGUUAUUACACGGGCGUGGAUUGCGUUGGUGCUUACGUCUCGGAAGACUCGAGCAUCUACUACUGCAGGAAUGGAAACCCGGACGUGCCGGAGAUCCCAGGCGCUGUCAACCCGGGCUGCUGUGGUUCUAAGAAACAAUACCUCGAGGCGUUGUCGAAAGAUUUUAUCGUCAACUCCGCUAUGUUAUGGUUGCUGGGCUGUGUUGCAGCACUCAUAAACAGCACUAAGCAGCGCCAAUUCUUCCAGGACUUUUCGAUCCGGCCAAGGGACGAUUUCUCACCUCCAAUGUGA